AUUCCUCCUCUCUCCGUGCUCACCUGGUUCUCCUGGGGAAUCUCCCUGCCGAUGGAUUCCGGGAGCUGGAGGUUGUUUGUGCGGGGCUGCGUUUUGGAAAGGUGGAGCACUACGCCGUGCUCAGCAACCGGCACCGGGCCAUCCUGCAGCUGGACAGCCCCAAAUCGGCGCGGGCCAUGCACAGCUUCCUGCAGCAGUAUCCCUACACCAUGGGCGAGCACACACUCACCUGCUCCUUGUCCUGCCACGGAGACUCUCCUGAGGCUGAAAGCGGGAAAAGGGAAGCGAAGACAGAGGACGGGAGCAGAGGAAGCUCGGGCUUGAAAAAAAUUCCAGAGGUGCAAAAACCAGCCGGGAAUCCGUCGGGAGAGGCCAGGAAAGGGCAAAUUCCCACCCCAAAUGUGCCGGAGGAGAUUCCAGCGGGACAGCCGGAGAUUCCCGAGUCUCAGGCGGGAGGAGCAGCGAGGGAGGACGCGGAAGGAUCGGAUCCUGGAACGGGAAUUCCCGCGGAUCCGGCCGGAGGGAAAUCGCCCGGAGCGAGGUCGGAGGAGAAGCCGGCGCCGCUUUCCGGGGAUGGGAAGGAAGAAGUUCGGGAUGAGCCGGAGCUGGAAGUGCGGAAGGAGGAUGAGGAGCCCUCUGCUCCCGCCGUGGAAGCUCUGGAAUCAUCCGGCAAGGCGAUCCCGGCAGCCGGAGAAACGCCGGGAGCCGUCCCCGGAACGUCCCCGAGCCCGGACGAGGCUCUUGCGGCAUCGCCCGGCGCCGAGCCGGCUGCUCCGGAAAAAAUUCCCGUUCCCGAGGCCGGGAAAAGCGGCCGUGAAACGUCCACGGAGAGGAAAUGUGUCCCAAAAACUCUGGAUGCUCCGGGGAAAAAACGGGAUGUGGCUGGAGCAGAGAGAGAGGGGACGGCAGAGGAAUCCCUGCUGAAAAUCGGGGAAAAUCCGGGGAAAACUUGGAGCAAGGCUGGGACAGAGGUGGAGAAAACACCUGGAAAAACGUUAUCCAAGGGUGGGGAAAACUCUGGGAAUGCUGUGGGUGAGAUCCCCGUGGGAAGUUCGGUUAAAAUCCCACCAAAUAAAGGGACGGGAGCGGCGAAAUCCGAGGAAAGCCGCGCGGUGGUUCCGGGAAAUCCCGGUCCUUCCCUGAAGGAAUCUUGCGCUGGGAAACCCCUUUUGAAGGCGGUGGUGUCCAUCCCGGAUAUCCUGAAGCAGAGAAUUCCCGUCAGGAUCACCGAGCCUUCCCUGGGAAAAGCUGGAGAGCAAAAAAUCCCUCCCAGGGCGGGACCGGAGAAGAAAAUCCCACCCAAAGCCGCGGCUCAGCCGGGAGCUGGGAACGGCCAAUGGAAAGGGAACGGAAAUUCCGGGGCGGAUGCGCAGGGAGAGAGCGGGAAGAGCUCAUCCCAACAGGAAAAGGAUUCCCAGCUGGAAUCUCGGGCGAGUUCCAAGCAGAGCCAGCAGGGAGAGAGCGGAACGUGUGGCACGAGGGAAGAUCCCGGCGGGAAUCAGGCUCCUGGCAGGGGCGGUGCUGCAGCCUGGAAAAGCGGCGCCGGCGGCGCUGGAAGACAGAAGGAGGAGGAAGAGCUCUUCCCAUUUAACCUGGACGAGUUCGUCACGGUGGACGAGGUGCUGGACGAAGCCGAGUCUCCGGCGACGCCGCGGCGAAACCCCCCGAGGGGGAAGAGAAAAGAAGCUCCCAAAUCCAACCCUUCGGAGCCGCCGGCGUCCAAGAAGAGGAAAGGGAAGAGUUGCGGAGCCGAAGGUGAGCUGUCCUUUGUCACCUUGGAUGAGAUCGGGGAGGAGGAGGAGGAGGACGCGCCGGUGCCGCUGCCGGGCGUCGACCCCCAGGGCCUGGUGGUGGUGGAUGAGGUGGUGGAAGAGGAGGAGCUGUCGGAAGCGGUGAAGGAUCCGCAGGCGCUGCUGACGCUGGACGAGAUCUCGGAGCAGGAGGAGCCGGGUUCCCACGGGAACGGGCCCAGGGUGGAAUUUGAGGAGCGGGAGCUGAAGGCCGAGCCCUUGGUGACCGUGGAUGAGAUCGGGGAGGUGGAGGAGCUGCCCCUCAACGAGCCCGCGGAGCUGAGCGCCGCCGAGGAGGGCAAAGCCAAUGCCGGGGAUUGCGGCGCCUCCCAGGUGCCCGACGAUCCCAACGCCUUGGUGACCGUGGAUGAGAUCCAGGAGGACAACGAGGACAAUCCUCUGAUGACUCUGGAUGAGGUUAACGAGGAUGAGGAUGAUUUCCUGGCUGACUUCAAUCACCUCAAAGAGGAACUAAACUUUGUUACAGUCGAUGAAGUCGGCGACGAGGAAGAAGAAAACUCUUUCCCAGGGAAGAACCCGCCUGAAGAUGAAGAUGACGAAGAUAUUGUUGCUGUUGCAGGACCAGAAGAAAUGGGAAUUCUGGGAGAUACAAAUCCAGAGGAGGAAGUGGCUGAAAUCUCUAAGCCAAAAGCAGCUCAGCUGGGAUCAGAAGAGGCAGAACCAAAAUCUCAGCAGAAGAAAACGACUUUUCCAGGUGUCCCCAAGACUCAGAGCACUCCCAAAGCUCUGGAUAUCCUGGUCCCAAAGGCCGGAUUCUUCUGCCAGAUCUGCUCCCUCUUCUACGCCGACGAACCCUCCAUGAUCAACCACUGCAGGACCUCCCUGCACCGGCAGAACAUGGAGAAAUUCAUGGCCAAACAGCAGGAUAACGACGGGGAGGAGCCGAGCUCCAGGUGAUGGAACUUCCCCAGGAACGAAACAUCGGGGCCAGUCAGUUCUGUGUGCUUGGAUUUCGUUUGGGGUCGGGAAGGAACAUCCAUGAUGGAAAAAAAAAUUGGAGUUGGGAACAGACUAAUCCCAAAGCAGGAGAGGGUUGGAUUUGUGUCUCCGAUCAUCCCAGCGUGGGAAGAGACUGUUGUGGGCCAGGAAAUAAAUGUUCUCUCUGUAUAGUUACCCCAGGGAUUGAGUUUGGGGUCAUUCCGUGGGGUUUGGAGAUUCUGGAUGACACCGGAGAUCCAGGAAAUCGAUGGAGAGAGCCACGGGAAGGGGCUGGAACUCCAGGAGAGGCUGAUUGAGCUGGGGAAGGGGCUCAGCCUGGAAAAAGUGAGGCUCAGGGGGGGAACUUCUGGCUCUGGAAAACUCCCUGGAUUCUUGGAGCCAGGUGGGAGCUGGGAUCUGCUCCCAGGGAACGGCCUCGAGCUGUGCCAGGUUGGAUUUUGGGAGAAUUCCGUUCUGGAAAGGGCUCUCCAGCCCUGGCAGGGGUGGGGUCCCCAUCCCUGGGGGGAUUUCACGCCCUGUGGCACUUGGGGACACGGACACUGCUGGCCUGGGCACAGCUGGACUCGAUGGUCUCAGAGGGUUUUUCCCAAUUCCAUGAUUCCAUGAAUCCCUGCCCUCAACCCAAACAAUUCCAUGAAUCCCAACCUGCCCCCAGCCCUCUCAGUUCCACGGUGACAUUCCAAACUUGGGGACCUCUCUGGAGCACUCAGCCCCUCCUGGGCCUCAGCAGCAGCCGACAGAAGAGCCACGGGAAUCCAGGAAUUCCUUUCAUUCCUUUGCCCGGAGCUUGGGGCACUCUCUGAGUUUUUGGGAAUUCAGCCAGGUGGGUCGGAAGGGGAAACUUGGAAUAACUCUGGGAAUGCCCAAGUUUUCUG